CGUCACACGGACUACAGGGGAGUUUUGUUGAAGUUGCAAAGUCCUGGAGCCUCCAGAAGGCUGUCGGCGCAGUAGCAGUGAGCAGCAAAGUCAGCGCGCUCGGCUAGGGGCAGAAGAGCGCGAGGGAGCGUGGGGCAGCAGGAGCGAGCGCCGAGCGCGGACCGAACCCAGACGCGCAGCCCUUCCGGAGCGAUCCAGGCAGAGCUCCCGCCAUGGCUCACCAGCUCCUGUGCUGCGAAGUGGAGUCCAUCCGCCGCGCGUACCCAGACACCAACCUCCUCAACGACCGAGUGCUGAGGGCCAUGCUCAAGGCGGAGGAGACCUGCGCUCCCUCCGUGUCCUACUUCAAGUGUGUGCAGAAGGAGAUCCUGCCGUCCAUGCGGAAGAUCGUGGCCACCUGGAUGCUGGAGGUCUGCGAGGAGCAGAAGUGCGAGGAGGAGGUCUUCCCUCUGGCCAUGAACUACCUGGACCGCUUCCUGUCGCUGGAGCCCCUGAAGAAGAGCCGCCUGCAGCUGCUGGGGGCCACCUGCAUGUUCGUGGCCUCCAAGAUGAAGGAGACUAUCCCCCUGACGGCCGAGAAGUUGUGCAUCUACACUGACAACUCCAUCCGACCCGACGAGCUGCUGCAAAUGGAGCUGCUCCUGGUGAACAAGCUCAAGUGGAACCUGGCUGCCAUGACCCCCCACGAUUUCAUCGAACACUUCCUCUCCAAAAUGCCAGAGGCCGAGGAGAACAAACAGAUCAUCCGCAAGCAUGCGCAGACCUUUGUCGCCCUCUGUGCCACAGACGUGAAGUUCAUUUCUAACCCACCCUCCAUGGUGGCAGCUGGGAGCGUGGUGGCCGCAGUGCAGGGCCUCCACCUGGGCAGCCCCAACACCUUCCUGUCCUGCUAUCGCCUGACCCACUUCCUCUCCAGAGUGAUCAAGUGUGACCCGGACUGCCUCCGCGCCUGCCAGGAGCAGAUCGAAGCCCUGCUGGAGUCCAGCCUGCGCCAGGCCCAGCAGAACCUGGACCCCAAGGCCUCCGAGGAGGAGGUGGAGGAGGCGGCGGGGGCCGACCUGGCCUGCACGCCCACCGAUGUGCGGGACGUGGACGUCUGAGGCGCCCCGCCGGCGGCACCACGGAGCACCCAGCAGCGGCCGCAGCCCCGCAGCCUGGGAGGGGCCGCCCGCAGUGCUCCAGGCAAAGUCCCUCUUUUCGGGGACAUUUUGCUAACAGAAGGGAAAGUCUCCUUCUCCUUUCCUCUUUCUCCCUUCCGUCUCUGACUUAAGCAAAAGAAAAGGAAAAAAAAUCCUGAAAACUGUCUUUAAAAAAGAAAGAAAAGAUAGAAUUUGCAUGACCUUGAGUGGGGGGAGGGGCGUUGUGCUACAAAAUAGAGGAUUUUACUCCGUAAUCAAGUAGCUGUAUGUGAAUGCGCUCGUGUCUCUUGUAAGGAUAGCAUUAACACGCACGAGGGUCCCCGAGGGCUAGGUCGGAUUCUUUGUGUGUGUUCAGAAAAGAAAAAAGCAUAAAAACUUCUUAAAAAAAAGAAAAAAGAAAAAUUUGAAAAACCAUUUUAAAGUAGAAGAGGGUUAGGUAGGAAGUGUGUCCCCGCUCCCCUGAGAGGCACGGCUUCGCCAGGCCCUAGCUCUGUGCCCCGCUUGCUUGUCACGUAGUCACUCGUUUGUGUGUUUAUCUCCUAGGUAGGUAGGCGUGUGACCUCUGCAGCUUGCUGAUGGGUCGGCAUGGUGUGGGGCGCGGCCCGGGCUCUUGUGCCUGGGGACCCCCACCUGGGCACCAGUCUGCAGGUGCCAGCCAGGGAGCUCGGGAAAGGCCAGCUGUCCACCACCACGUGCUGCUGUGGAGGGAAGCAAAGAGCGACAUGAUAGAUUCUAUUUUUAUAAUCUUCCUAUUUUUGUAGUUACCUGCUCGUGAGAUGCUGGGUUCUCGCCCGUCGGUCCUGCCGCCUGUUCACAUCAGGUUCAAUCCACAGCUACUUUCUUCUUAUCAUUUUGGGGUUUUGUGUUUUCUUUCUUGAUAAUUCUAAACCGUUCCAUGUCAAAGCACUUUGGUCCAGCAGUUAGAGGCAACUUCGCUGUCACGUGCGGGGCGGUUUCCCAGUGGAAUGGCGGGGAAUAUUCACGUUCCUGCGUGCACAGGACCGCAAGGGUGUGACCCCGUGGUGUCAGCGAGAGGGUGUUCCUGAGGGUUUUGUACCAGUCAAGAAGAAAAAGGUCCGUGUCACAGUGCCAGGAUGUAGGCCCCUUCCUGUCCUGUAGAGAGGUCGAAGUUCGCGGGAAUCCUUUGGUGCCAACUGGUGUUUGAAAGUAGGGACCUCAAAGGUUCACCUAGAGAACAAGUAGUGUAAGGGUUACUUUUAGGUAUUUCACAGCGGAAGGUUUUUAAACACUAAAAUAUAUAAUUUAUAGUUAAGGCUAAAAAGAAUAUUUAUUGCAGAGGAUGCUUGUAAGGCCAGUAUGAUUUAUAACGUGAUGCAGUCUCCCUUGAUUUCAACACUCAACCCUUUCUGCCUUUGAGCUGCAGGUGAAAAGAUGGGGCCUUUGGUAGGUGAGGGAAGAUCUCAAGAGAGACCGCCCAGACCUGGACUCGGCCUGUGGGGCGGUUCCCAAAGUGGCCUGCUCUAGAGGCACCCAAGGCACAGGGACGCAAGGGUGCUUGAGAGGAGAGGGGUCCAGGACCUUCUCAUCCCUGCCCAUCCUGGCCCUGUACCUUUGCAUUGAGGACGUGUUGAGGGGAGGUGGCAAGAGUGUGGAGGCGGAGGCGGAGGCUGGAGAGAGCACGUGAGGGAGGAGUGUGGCGGGAGGCUCCCGAGGGGACGGGCAGUGCCCACAGGAGGGACAGGCCGUGGCUCCACUUCCUAUUGCGCUGCUACCGGUGACUUCCCGCAGUCGGAAACUGUCCACAGCUUCUCUGUAUCUCUUUCACGUUGUUUUGCUGCUAUGGGAGGAUCAGUUUUUGUUUUACGAUGUCAUAUACUGCCAUGUGCUCGUUUUAAUUUUCUCAUAGAAAAUUGUAUUACAGAUGCCCUUUUUUGUAGUGUUUUUUUUAUGUGAUCAAUUUUGACUUGAUGUGAUUACUGCUCUAUUCCAAAAAGGUCCCUGUUCACGAUACCUCAUGCUUCACUUAGCCAUGUGUAGACCCACCAGUCGGCUCUGUCUGCCUCGUGGACAGACACACAGACGGAUCCCAAGACGGCCCCGACCCUCGGGGCCACGUCCAGGAGACCUGCGCCUGUAGUGCUGGGCUCGGCCGGUCUGGACGUGCCAUUGUGGUAUAGCUUCGCCAGCUGUGCCGCUCUUGACGUGUAGUUACGAACAUUGCAUGUUGUUAUUAUUAUUGUGAUACCAGUCUGUCUUACGUGCCACUGUGGUGCUGGGCCGUAGGACUCGUCAUCGGGAUGAUUGGAAUCGCUUCUGGAAUUGUUCGAGUUUCGGGUGCGUUUCCUCUGUUCCAUGUGCUAGUGUUCUGUUUGUUCUUGUUUGUUGAUUACAGCAUGAUGCUAAAUUAAAGACUCCAAAUCUCAA